AUGAAGUGCUUCCUAUUAUUCAUCGCAUUUGCUAUUGCAACUGUAUCAUCAUCACCGACACCAAUUCGUCGCAAUAGUCAAACUCCAUCAUGCAAUACUAAUUUUUGCAUCUACGAACCUGCUUUUUGUCUAUGCGGGUUCGAAGAGACGCCAAAUGAUCCAUGUUGCAAGCAUAAAUGUAGCACUUGUCCAGCCGAUUUUGUGCUACCAUGGAUGAAUUUUGAACUUGGUUCAUUGAAUUUUUUUCCUUUGGAACCAAUGAAUUUUACCGGAUUAAAUUUCAAUUUACUUGGUCGACGUUAA